GGAAAACCGUCAACAAAGAAAAUCAUUCGGGGCAAGCUAGCCCAAUAACUAAUUCGGCAACCUCAAGAAGCCCAGUAACUGAUGCCCAUUAAUCCAAUGGGUUGGGUUAAAAUAAAGGAGUAAUAUAGUAAGUGAAAAAAGCAGACAAGAAAUCUGCAAUCAUUCAAAAACAAAGGUUAAGAACCAGAUUGUGUGGAAAAGGGGAAAUUUGGAAGAUAAUGUCGGGGCCCCAGUGCUGUGAGAACCCACCAAGCUUGAGCUCAAGCAGCGGAGAUGGCGCCGUUGUACAACUGGGAGGCCUCAAUUCCUACGUCUCUGGCCCUUCUGACUCCAAGCUUGCUGUUCUUCUUGCUUCUGACAUUUUUGGUUAUGAAGCACCAAAGCUGAGGAAGCUGGCUGACAAAAUUGGAGCUGCUGGAUUUUAUGUGGUUGUACCUGAUUUCUUUUUUGGGGAUCCAUACGAUCCUUCAAACACUGAAAAGCCUCUGCCAGUCUGGCUAAAAUUCCAUGGACAGGACAAAGGAGUUGAGGAUGCAAAACCAGUUGUUGCUGAUCUUAUAAGUAAAGGCAUUUCUGCUAUUGGAGCUGCUGGAUUUUGCUGGGGAGCCAAGGUGGCGGUGAAAUUAUUAGCAUCUGAUCACGUUCAAGCUGCUGUAUUACUGCACCCUUCCUUCGUAACCGUUGAUGACAUAAAAGAGGUUACUAAACCUAUCGCCAUCUUGGGAGCAGAGCUAGACCAGUUGACACCACCUGAACUGAUUAAACAAUUCGAGGCGAUUUUAGCUACUAAACCCGAGGUGGAUAGCUUUGUUAAAAUAUUUCCCGGUGUUUCACACGGGUGGACAAUCAGAUACAACGAGGAAAAUCAGAAGGAAGUUGAAAGUGCAGAAGAGGCUCAGCAGGAUAUGCUGGCCUGGUUUGGCAAAUACGUCAAGUAAAAAGAAAUCCAGAGCAUUGAUAUAGAUCAUUUGUGUGUUGGUUUAGUUUGCUCAAGUCUGCAACAGAGAUAUUACACAUUGCAUAUCAUUUUUACUAUAUCUAUUGUUUGUCUCAUAUUUAUCUCGUGCAUGAAUUAAGUGCAGAGUUUGGUCAGAGUUUGAUCGAUGUGUCUUUUGUAAAGUUACAAACUUUUUCUAUUCAUUAUCAGAGUUUCCAUCACAUUCAACAUUAUCCACAGUCACACUAGAUAUUAGGGCUGAUUUGUCUUGUUGAAACUUGAAACAAUAUUGACA